CAUUUCCAACACCAAAACCUCCAUUUCCUUAACAAGGAAAAAGGCUACACUCUGGAAAAGGCAAAAAACAAACCCUAAUCCGGCCGACCUUCAUUUCUCUCUGUAAACACAUUCAUGUGCCGAAUUUUGAGGUUUUUUCGUUGUUUCACAGUUUAGUGAUUCCGUAAAGAUGGACGGAAAUGGUAGUAUGAAUUUGAGGAAUUGGGGGUUUUUUGAGAGGGCAACCACCCCACUCAAGAGCCAUUUGGGCCUCCAGCUAAUGUCAUCAAUGGCCGAAAGGCCCCUUUUUGGUGGUGAUGUUCAUGACCAACACCGUGUCCCCCCCUCUGGUGUCAUGGCUUCGAUCAAUGGCGGGCCUUACCAUCACCAUCGUGUUGGUGGCUUUUCUGAGUCCCACAUUCCCAUCGACUAUAUGAGGGAGAAUUGGAUGAACCAUGGCAGAGAAAAGUAUGUAAAUAACUUGCCCGUGAACCAACACCAAUCCUAUUAUCAACUGAAUUAUGGGCUUUCAGCGGAGACUUCAUCAGCUCAUUCCAUCCAAAUGCCCCAGCAAAUUAAUAUAACAAAAAAUGUAAAUGUCAUACCUCAGAUGGAAGAGGUAAGUAAAGAGGGAGAUAAUGGUGGCAGUGGUGUUCCUCUUGCUAAGAAGAGGGGAGGUGGGAAAGUGCUAAAGUCUCCUGCCGAAGAGAAAAAACCUAGGAUUAGAGCUCCUAGGGCUCCUAGAGAAGGGUCUAGCCCUUCAGUUCAGCGGACGAGGGCUCCCAAGAAACGGGCUGAAGUUGUGAUCAAUGGAAUCAAUAUGGAUAUUUCAGGAAUCCCUAUACCAGUUUGCUCGUGCACUGGGACUCCACAGCAGUGUUAUAGGUGGGGCUCGGGUGGGUGGCAAUCUGCAUGCUGUACUACUGGAAUGUCUGUGUAUCCCUUGCCUAUGAGUACUAAGCGUCGCGGUGCGAGGAUAGCAGGGCGUAAGAUGAGUAUUGGUGCGUUUAAGAAGGUCUUGGAGAAACUUGCUUCAGAAGAUUAUAAUUUCUCUAACCCGAUUGAUCUGAAGAGUUACUGGGCGAAACAUGGUACAAAUAAGUUUGUGACAAUCCGGUAAAUCUAUAUGGAAGUGCUGCACCUGGCCCCUAAAAUACAUAUGCUUUUUGUUUCUUCUAUACAUAUAUGAAUGGUCUGGCCUGCAGCAGAGGCUUCUCAGGUAGUUUCUAACUGGUGGAUUUCCCUAUUGAGUCAGCUUAUGCCCGGUAGGGAGCCUCAUAUAAGUUAUUCAGUUUAUUCCAUUUGUAGUUCAAGCAAAUGUUGAUAUUGUCUCAAUGACAGGGGAUGAGGAUAUUUGUUUAGAUUUAUUUGCUGCAAUUACUGAUAUCUUAUUUUCUUUCUAAAGAUUUUGGUUGAGAUAAUGGUUGUUUCUUUUUCUCUACUAAUUUUCUUGAAAUGGUGAUUGAUGAGAGGAUAAUGCGUUUAAUU